AUGGCAUUUUCCAGUUCGAAGAGAGUGCAUUCUGAGCUUCCUGAGGCACCAGGAUGUGGUCACCAUGAAAGCAGUGAGGUGAAGGAAAAAGUGGAGGAUCGAAGAGAGGUGGGACCAAUUGAGAAGAGCAUAGUUGACAAGAUACAAGAAGAGUUUCAUCCCAGCCAUUUCGAAAUCCGGAAUGAUUCAUGGAUGCACCAGCAUCAUCGGGCAAUGCAAGGAGCCAAAAAUAUGAAGGAGUCGCACUUUAGUAUGGUGAUUGUCAGUGAUAAGUUCAGGGAGUUGAAGAGUUUGCCCUCGAGACACAGGUACGUUUACAAGGUACUCGAAGAGGAAAUGGUUAAUAGGGGUGUUCAUGCAAUCCAAAUGAAAACCAAGACGGUUGAGGAAUUUACGGAUUAG